UCUUCAUGGCCACACAUGGUUGGCUCUUUUUUUAUAUUAUUUAAUUCCAACCUGCCUCAUGCCGACGCUGGACUGUGCUGUUUCACCACCGACAACACAGCUGCUCAAAAACCGCUUGAAGGCUAUGUUGGGUUUGCAAACCUACCCAACCAGGUGUACAGAAAAUCGGUCAAGCGUGGAUUCGAAUUCACACUUAUGGUUGUCGGCGAGUCUGGCCUGGGAAAGUCGACGCUGAUCAACUCGCUGUUCCUCACCGACCUCUACGCGUCCGAGUACCCGGGGCCCUCCCAGCGGGUCAGAAAAACCCUCCAGGUGGAGCAGUCCAAGGUGGUGCUCAAGGAGGGCGGCGUGCAGCUCACGCUCACCAUAGUGGACACGCCAGGCUUUGGCGACGCGGUGGACAACAGCAGCUGCUGGCAGUCCAUCAUCGACUACAUCGACAGCAAAUGUGAGGACUACCUCAAUGCGGAGGCUCGGGUCAACCGGAGACUCAUGCCUGACAGCCGCGUGCACUGCUGCCUCUACUUCAUCUUCCCUUCCGGCCAUGGGCUGAAGCCCCUGGAUAUUGAGUUCAUGAAGCGACUGCAUGACAAGGUGAACAUCAUCCCGCUCAUCGCCAAGGCGGACUCGCUCACAACCGAGGAGUGCCAGCAGUUCAAGAAGACGAUCAUGAAAGAAAUUGUGGAACACAAAAUCAAAAUCUACGAGUUUCCCGAUGUGGAAGAUGACGACGAGAAGCUGGCCAAGAAAGUGAAGGACAACAUCCCGCUGGCGGUGGUGGGGAGCAACACGGUGCUGGAGGUGAACGGGAAGCGCGUGCGGGGCCGCCAGUACCCGUGGGGCGUCGUGGAAGUGGAGAGUGCGGAUCAUUGCGACUUCACACUCCUGCGCAACAUGCUGAUUAGGACGCACAUGCAGGACCUCAAGGACGUGACCAACAACGUCCACUACGAGAACUUCCGCAGCCGCAAGUUGGCCGCGCUCGCCUGCAACGGCGUCGACAACAACCGCUCCAAGGGGCAGCUCAGCAAAGGGGAAGGCAUUGCAGGAAUGAGCCCCAUGGCCCAGAUGGAGGAGGAGAAGCACGAACACAAACUCCGGAUGCAUAAGAUGGAGAAGGAAAUGGAGCAGGUGUUCCUCAUGAAGGUCAAGGAGAAGCAGCAGAAGCUCAUGGACUCGGAGCAGGAGGUAACACACCGGAUAAUGGCACUUGUUAAAAAAAAUGUUCCCUAA